AUGGCCAGUGCCCUGGCUGUCGCCAAUCAAUAUCUCCACGGCUACGCGGCCGCCUUGCGCCAUGGCCCGCUGCUUGCACGUCACAGGGGUGUUCGGCUGGUGUUUGCCAUUCACUUUAUCAUCGUGCGACUCGUGAUGUUGCCACCUUUUUUGCUGCGCUUCUUCAGCCACGUGAAAAUGGUUAUGGUGGCCCCGACUGGCACAUAUUCCAAGACCGAUACAAUUGUGAUGGGCUGCCUAUUCUUCAGCUCACUCACUCUCAGUGGGCUUCAGGUCAUCUGGGGCCGCACCAUCGUCCUUGGCCUGCUCAAGGCAGCUGGUAUCAUCAAGUCCAAGCCUCGCCCGGGCAAACCCAACAAGCAUGUUCAGCACUCGGAAGUCAAGGGCGAUGAGAAAAAGCUCAACAUCUCCACAGAUCGUCUCUCAGGAGAUGUCAUGCAAUCACUUCGGGAAUCAGCCGAGCAGAUUGAAGUGGCCGAUACGCAUGUCGACGAGACUGACCCCAUGGACAGCGUUCCCGCCCCCAUUAUCGCCUAG